AUGUCCUUACCCCCAUUCACCCGAUCCAACAAGGAUAUCAUGGACCUCCGCCACGCCGAAGCCAAUUCCGAUCUCUCGUUGGCCAAAGUCGUCUACGAAGACCAAAUUUUGGGCUUCGAAGACGUCUUCUGGAAUCGACUCCCCCAAUAUACCAAGAAGCACAUCCUCGCGCGGCCAGAUCUUGGCUCUGCGCAGGUGCUCGUCCUGCUCGUCAUGAGCUCGUCUUCCCUCGCCGCGAGUCCGAGUCUCUUCCUCGAGGCGUUCAGAGAGCCGGAGGGCAUAAGGGGGUUUCCAGAUCCACGAUUCGUAAAGGCCUUCGGCGACCCUGAAGCCUGGGAACGGAUGUGCAAAGCUGCAAAAGGGGAGCUUACGUUCAACGCCAUGAAGGGAACGAGAUACUUGACUUCGAAGUCCAUGCUGGAUGUUGUGGAGACGCUCGAGGUGCAUGGUCGAGAGGUUGGUGCAAAUCUGACGGAGAAGGGUUAUCUGAAGCGAUCAGAGGUUGAGGUGAUUUCGAAGGAGGUGUGGGGAAUGUAG